GCUCGACCCGUUGACGUUUGCGGACUUCCAAUGGAUGCCCCUUCCCCGGUCCGGUCGAUUGCCGAAACCGCAUUGCAACCAACUUCGUUGAUGGACGCCGGAGUAGAGGUUGUCGACCUUCACAAUUACAUUGCGAAGAUUGACCGCGAGUUCAGGACACAACGUCGAAGUUUAGACGAGCAUGUGGAGCACCUGCGCACCGUUUUGGAGCGGCUACGACAAGCCAAGUACAAAGCCAACCGCGACAAAUACGAAUUUGCGCGGCAGGAGCUGGAGUACUUGGGACAUUAUGUGACGCCGCAAGGCAUCCGUCCGCUUGCAGACAAGAUCGAGGCCCUCCGCGUAUGGCCCGAGCCUACCAACACCAUGGACGUUCAUUCAUUCAUGGGGUUGGCGGGCUACUAUCAGCGAUUCAUCACCGGGUACUCAAGGAUUGCUGCACCUAUGACGAGAUUACAAUCGCCAAAGGUGCCAUUCGUAUUCAAUGACGACGCACGCCGGUCAUUCCAAGCACUUAAAACGGCUAUGCUCAUGGCACCCGUCCUUAGCAUCUAUGACCCCACCCUGCCUACGAGAGUGACAAUUGACGCUUCCGGCUAUGGCAUUGGGGCAGUCUUGGAGCAACACGACGGCGACGACUGGCACCCUGUGGAGUAUUUCAGCCACAAAGUGCCUCCCAUCAAUUCACUUGAUGAUGCAAGGAAGAAGGAGUUGCUCACGUUCGUGAUGGCUCUCAAGCGAUGGUGGCACUUCCUCCUUGGGCGUCGAAGGUUCACAUGGGUCACGGACAACAACCAAUUGACCUACUACAAGACGCAGGAUACGGUGAGCAGCACGAUCGAACGAUGGAUGUACUUCAUCGACCAAUUUGACUUCACACCGAAACAUCUCCCCGGCCUCUCCAAUCGUGCACCAGAUGCACUCUCGCGAAAACCUGUUUUUUGCGCUAUGACACAUCAUGCCUUCGCAUUCGACGAGGAACUCCAGCAACACUUCAUCUGGGGCUAUAAGUCUGAUCCGGACUUCGCCACGUUGUAUGCGCAGCUAUCUUCGGAUCACCCGCCGGCCAGCCACUAUCGCAUUGCCGACGGGUACUUGCUCCUCCACUCGAGAGGCAAGAACUUACUAUGUGUCCCACGAGACCAUCGUCUUCGGACUCGCCUUCUCGGCGAGUACCAUGACUCGCGACUCGCCGGCCAUUUGGGUGUCAGCCGCACUAUUGCAGGGCUUCGACAACAAUUCCGAUGGCCAGACCUCAUUACCGAUGUCACUCGGUAUUGCGACUCUUGCGAAGUUUGCCGACGAAGCAAGCCCCGCAAUCGCAGCCCCUACGGCAAGUUGCGCCUGAUGCCUAUCCCACGGGAACCCGGCCUCUCCAUUGCCAUGGAUGUCACCGGACCAUUUCCCUGCGAUCACCUCGGAUACAACGGCAUCCUCACGGUUGUGGACCGUUUGAACCAGAAAGAUUGGGUUAACCGCCUCCCCAAUAUCGAGUUCGCCUACAACACUUCGGUGCACCCGACGAUCCGCAGGACUCCAUUCGAGUUGCACCACGGUGGACGGAAAGGUCGUAUCUUCGCUGACCUUCUCCUCCCACGACCAGCCGACAUCGACGCCGCUUGCUCUCCCGCUUCCGUCCGGAAGUACAGGGAAUUGUUGGCUCAAGCCCGCACGAAUAUGCAAAAGGCUCAAGUCCGCAUGCAGCAGCAAGCCAACAGGCGUCGCGUGCCAUGUCCCAUCCGCGUCGGUGAUCUGGUUUGGGUCUCCGCGGAAGAGUUUGCACUGGAACAGGACGUUUCACGCAAACUGCUUCCCAAGUGGUUUGCACCAUGGCCCGUAAUAUCAGCCGCGGGUGAUGAGCCCGAUGGCCCUUCAUUUGUGAUCAACAUCCCCCCGCAUCUGACGGUUCAUCCAGUCUUUCACGCCUCGAAGCUGGCAACAUAUACACCAGCUAAGAGCGACGACUUCCCGGGCUGACGAUCGCAGGACCCUCCAUCUAUGGAUGGUCAUUAGGAAGUUGAUCGCGUCAUCACGGAUCGCAAGUACGGCAGCAAGCCUCG